AUGUCGAUGUAGCCUGCAUGUCACAUGGACUUGUUUGUUCACGAAAUUUGAAAUAUCUCUUACUCUCGGACCAAAUACAUGUUUUUGAAAUAGAUGUUGAACUGCAUGACAUCGAUUUAUCAGAAUAUAACUAGCAAAGAUUUAUUUACUAACAUAAGACGGACGACUAACGUUAACCAACUAAGACAUCUGCACUCUGGGCCCUAGCGACCUGUCCUUGUCCCGUGAGGAGUAUGGAUUCCCAUGCCAACAGUGAAUUCUUCUCAUUGGCCGAAGAGAAGUUUGAUUUUGACAUUUCACUGUCACCUGCCAGCUCAAGAGGAGAUGAAGACGAUGACGAGGUCUUUGUGGGUCCGAUCUGUCACAAGGAGAGGUGUAUCUCCGUCGGUCUGGAGACCAGUGUCAAGGAAAACGUCAACAGUUGGCCUUCAGUGGGUGAGGGGCCCAGCUGGAGUCCUUUGGCUGUGGACAAGUUUGAGGAAAUCUGCACGGAAGCCAACCUAUUAGCCAGUCAACUAGUAGUCAACCAGCAGCACCCUGAUGUAAGGGUAACCAAUGGUACACUCGCAUUGAGUAAAGAAGAACCGAAAGAAGACUUUGUGCAGGAUGCUGGGGCCAAACUGGGCAUGUUCAGAAAGCCAGUUGAUGCUGUGCUAAGCCCUAUCAAAAGGGAGACCUUCUGUGUGCAGGACAGUCCAUUGAAGCAGCUCCCACCUGCUAUUCAGCAGCGGCUGUUAAGGGAUGGUGGGGGUUCUAACUCCACUAAGAGCAGUGUUGGCACUUCCAGCCCUGUGAGAGCAGGGACUACGACUCGGACAAAGAUGGUGCGCCGAGGCAGGGUGGGGCUGGCCUGCAACACCGGGGUGCUCCCUAGCAAACAACAACCAGCAGCCAGAGGAGCGACCGCAAUGACAGCGCUGCAGACAGCCAAGACCAGACCGUCGCCUGCUGAAAGGACCACCAUGCUGGCUCCUCUAAGCAAAGGUAACUUGGGGCUGAGGCAUAGCCCAGGUAGUCGUAACUCCAGCAGAGCAGCCUCCUGCGAGGACCUUCUCUCUGACACGGCCAGCAUAGCCUCCGACAUCAGCGACACCUCCCUCAACUCCAGUCUGCAGGGGAAGAGGACCCUCGUACCCCCUAGCAAGAGUGGGAUGCGGGCUCCGUCAGCCGUCAAAGCCCCCCCUCAGACCAGGAGAGUGACUGACCGGAGGAGAAACACGUCUUCCUCCUCUUCCUCAGUGUCCAGCUUCAACUCCAGUCUGUCUGUGUCACCCACAGGGAAAGGUAAACUCAGCACGUCCCUCAACUCCAGCGUCAGUGGCCCUAAUGGCCGCCUGCCCGCUGGCAAGAGCCGACUCACCAAUCCUGUUGUGAGUGCCACCAAGACCUACAGGUCUACCCUCAUCAGCCGAGCUCCGGAGCUGCCCUCUUCCACCAUAGUAGCGCGCCGUGUCAUCUCAGACCCGGGAAGGAAGCUCUCUGAGCAAGACCGGUUUAAAAUGGUUCAGUCCACCCCUUUGAAGAGAGUUGAACCGGCGGCCACAACCACCCCCUUGCACCAGACCCCAGCAAAGAUGAACAUGGAGAGAAUGUCCUCUGUGCCCAACAUCCCCACCUCAUCUUCAGCGAAGACGAAGAGCAUUGUCAAGGGCAACCCCAAACUCAAGGUGUUCAUUGCUCCAACCCCUACUAGUCAGUUCAAGAGGAGGUUGGAAGCUGUUUCAUCCCCUGAUGCCCCUCGCAUCUUGAAGCCAAAGAGAUUGAUGUCUACUUGCAGUGUGGAAAGUCUCCCCCACAAACUAGCACUUCCAGUUCCAGAGCUGUUCCAGACGCCCCCUGCUGGGGGGAACAAGGCAGUGCAGCCCAAGAUGAGACGCCCCUCUGCCCUUCCCACCCCUGUGAACCGGAGGAUCUCUGGUAUCCCCAUGCUCACCCCGAAUAGCAUUUCACGGCCAGGCAGGCCCUCCCUGAGCAUGGCCAUCCUGCCAGCCUCAAUCCAGAGGGCCAGCUACUGGAGUCCCGCCCAGGUGAAAGGGAGCCACCAAGAGGACGUGGCAGCAGCACCAGAAGAGGAGACCGUCCAGCCCUUUUCCCUGGAGGACGAGCCAGAGGUGCAGCCCCCCAUCCCUGCUACAGUCCCCCAUCCAGAGGAGCAGGAGGUAUGUCAGGAUGACCCAGAACCAGGAGUGGACCAGGCGUCUCCUCCGACUAACAAGCAAAACAACCACUCUGAGCCGAAUGAAGAAUCCAAGGUGCUCGAGAACACUGAAAAUCUGCUAGAGCAGCCUCAAUGCAAUUGGAUGAAAACUCAGGAUGUUAAUGAGGUUUUUCUGGUAGAUGCCCCGGCACCUGUGUUGAGGCCAUAUGAGAAACUCCUAAUUGACCUCUCCAGCACUCCUGUCCUGAUCAGAACAGCCUCUGCGAAGCCCUCUGGUGGUCAGCUGAUUGACCUGAGCUCGCCCCUGAUCAAAUGGAGUCCAGAAGUCAAGGACCAUGCCUUAAAUGAAGCACCCCUGAUCAACUUAUCCUUUUGAUUAAUAAUAUCGCAAUAGAGCUAGAUUCCAGCAUUUCCUCUACACGUAUAUUGAUUCCAAUAGCCUUCCUGCUGAGCUGACGCUUGUGCCUGUACCAUUCACAAAUGACAUUUAUAAUGAGAAAACUAGCUGCUGAUGAUCAAGGGUUUAAGAAAAGAAAAGAUUGUGUUUUAAGUCGAGACUGUUAGUAUACAUACUAUGUAAGUCACCAAUCUGAUUUCUUUUUAAGAAUGGUACUGUACCUUUUUAUUUUUGUUUGUUACCGUCUUGCAGCUCUGUGUGAUUCUUUUAAAAUCUCUAAUAAAUGUUCUUCAUUUAA